AUGGCCUCAGCAGCCGGGGGCUUGACUCGCCGCAGAGGCGCCGGUCGAGUCGCUGGGGCAGACGAACAAGAUGACAGCCGAGUGUCAUCGCCAAUCUCCCGAAAUGGCUCUGCGAUGGAUAACCGUGGACCGGAGACGUCGUUUACCAGUGCAGAGAAUGGCCACAAGAUCGCGUUCGACCCCCGCGACAUCAGCGAAAAUGAGGAACGGGGCAAGCAACCUAAAUUGACUCUGAUGGAGGAUAUCUUGCUGCUGGGUCUGAAGGAUAAGCAGGGUUAUCUGUCGUUCUGGAACGAAAACAUCUCCUAUGCCCUGCGCGGGUGUAUCGUUAUUGAACUCGCACUCCGCGGCCGUAUAAGCAUGCAGAAGGAUUCGUCGCGGCGACGUUUCCCCCUGGCUGACCGCAUCAUCGAAGUCAUCGACGAUACAUUGACUGGGGAGGUCUUGCUGGACGAGACUCUGAAGAUGAUGAAGUCAAGCGAGAAGAUGAGCGUCAACUCAUGGAUUGAUUUGCUGAGUGGCGAAACCUGGAAUUUGAUGAAGAUCGGAUAUCAAUUGAAGCAAGUCCGGGAACGACUGGCCAAGGGUCUUGUGGACAAGGGUAUUCUCCGGACCGAAAAGCGCAACUUCCUUCUCUUCGAUAUGGCGACGCAUCCCGUGGCCGACGGCGGCGCGAAAGACGAGCUCCACCGACGGGUGCGCAACAUCUGCAGCAACCGCACCGUGAUUAUCCCUCCUAGCCCAUGGCUCCCCGAAGACGCCGAAUACCGAUACAUCCGUUCUAUUUCCAUGGUUUGCGCCGCAUACGCCGCCAAUGUCCUCGAGAACGCUUUGGUUACCAUGAGCCACGAGGCUCGCGAGAGAGCUUUCGCGCAGGUGGAUGAAUUGCUAGCAGAGUACUCGCAGUGGCCGUUUGGCCGGAAGGCCGGAGGUUCACAGGCUAUUGGAGCCAACCUGGCUCAAGUAGUCAAUGAGGAGAUCAAUCGGAACAAGGAUAAAGAGCUUCAGAUGGAGAUUGUCGCCGCAUGCUUGAGCGUUUUUACCAGACUUGAUUCUUUACUUUAA